AACCCUUCAAAUAUACAAAAGAAAAACAGAAAAACAAUUUAAAUUCAAUUCAAUUUAAUAAAAAAAAAAAAAAUAUGGAAUAUAUUCGUCGACCUUCGAUCAUAAUCACAGUUCCAGCCACAACAACACCUACAAUUAAUAUCGAUAAUACUAAUGAUAAUGUUGGUGGUGAUGGUAAACAACAACAACUUGAACAAAAUGAUCAACAACCAUCGAUGACACGUACGGCUUUAUAUUUAUUACGUUUCAAUGUUGCUCUACAGAUUGCAUUAGCCGCAAUGGCUGUCAAUCUUUUUCUUGCUAUUGCAACAUUCUUUUAUGGUUGGAAUGCACUUUAUUGUGCAUUUGGUGCCGAUUCAAUAAUUGGUGUAUUGACUGCUAUCAUACUUAUAUGGCGUUUUGCAUCAAUUAAACAUGAAACAGCCAUUAUUAUCAAUAAUAAAAUUAAUGAUAAUAAUAAUAAUAACGAUGAUGAUGAUUCAACCAACGAUGAACAGUUACCAAUUCUUAAUCCAAAUCAUAAUAUUAAUAUCAAUCAUCGUCGUCGUAAUAGUAGUAGCCGUCGUUUUGAUGAUGAAUCAGAUAUACAUCCAUUUUUACGUUCAUUACAAUCGACUAUUGAUGAUACACCCGAUGAUAAUCGAAGAGAAUUAUGGUCAACAUUUUGGCUUGGUCAAAUAAUGAUACUUUCCGGUUUUGGUGUAAUAAUACGUUCAAUAAUUGAAUUAGUACAUGAAAUUAUUGAAAAUGUUCAUAAUGUUAAUGUUGUUAAUGAUGAUGAUAUAGAUGUCAUUAAUGAUCAUUAUUAUGAAAUGUCACCAUUAUAUUUAUUGGCAUUAAUAUCAUUAUCAAUGAAUAUUAUAUUAAUGGGUUUCAAACUAUUCAUCUAUUAUCAUUUGGAUUCCAAUUCAAUGCUUAUUGAAGGUAUUAAUUCAUUCAUAUCAGCUAUAUUUGCUGCAACCACUGUCAUUUCAAUACAAUUUCAUGAUCGUAUCGAAUAUUUGGAUCAAAUUGUAUCGAUAUUGUUUGGUAUAUUUUUAAUUAGCUAUGGUAUCUAUAAUGUAUUACAUACAUUAGCACAUACGGUCAUCGAUUUGAUUAAACAAAAAUAUGGUUAUAUUGGCCGCCAACAUCGAUUAUUAUCAUCAUCAGCAUCACAACGACAACUAAAUCUAUUGAAUCAUUGCCAUAAUGAAAGUCAUCAUUGUCAAUCGACAAAAUCUUUACUACGUAGUGAUUAUCUACAAUUGAUCUAAACUCUUUCUUUUUUUCUAUUUUGGAUCUUGAUUCUAUUUUAUUAUCUUAAUUUUUUAAAUCCAAAAAAAGGAAACAUCUUUUUUGAUACAAUUGUUUGU